AUGGAUUCGGUGCCUAAUCGGAAGCCAUCGCCUACCACGCCUGGCUCCAGCUCAUACUUGAUUAUUGGUGCUGGCUGCUUUGGAGCAUCGGCCGCACUGCAACUUGCCCGCUCUGAUCCUGCAUCAGCUUCUCAUAUCACUCUAAUCGACCGCACUCCUUACCCUUGCCCGUCGGCAGCCGCCCAUGAUCUAAACAAGAUCAUUCGCGCAGAAUAUACGGAUCCAUUCUAUAUGCGCCUUGCACUCGAGGCCAUGGAUGUGUGGAAGUCUGAUCCUGUCUUUAGCCCGUAUUUUCACCAGGUGGGCAUGCUGUUCCCCACAACACAUGAACAGGUGAAUAGGAUUGUGGGAAAUUAUACCAGUAUAGCUUCUGAAAGAGGCAGUCCAAUGACUUCUACUCCAGUUGAAAUUAUUGAGCCUGAGACGGCCAAAGGUCGGUUUGGUGGUAUUUUCCGCGAUGCAUGCUGGGACGGAGUGGAGACGUGUUUGUUCAAUGCAGAGGCUGGAUGGGGGGAUGCAGAGAGUGCGUUGCAAAAUGUGAUCAAGUCCGCCGUCUUGUUGGGUGUUACAUAUGUCCCGCUUGCUGUUGAGAGACUACUAUUUGAUGAGACUGGAGGCUGUAUCGGCGCAAGAACUGUUACAGAUCUGGAUUUGCAUGCACAGCAUGUUAUCCUCUGUACCGGAGCGAGCACUGCCAGCUUACUGGCCAAUAGUGCUCCAGACAGAUCAAACUUGCAAAUUGGCGACAGAAUUGUUGCUGCUGCAGCAAUUAUGGGUGCCUACCGCGUUCCAACAGAUCAGAUGCGCAAGUUUGAAUCUGCUCCAAUUGUUGUGAAUCCUGUUGGAGAUACCCCUGGAGAGAGCAUCCCCCCUAGUAGUGCUGGGCUACUCAAAUGCACCCACGAACUAAGUUUUACCAACAUGGUUCAUCAUGACCGUCUACAUCGGCAAAUUUCUACUCCGCCAGAGGAUCCGCUCUACAGCACCUGGACUCAUGAUGUUCCAUCGCAGCUGAAAAACGAGGUCCAAAGUGUCAAAAAUAUGCUUUAUGGGCAACAUGUGGGCAACCUAAUUCCAGAAUUCUAUAGGAUGGAUGCUGUGACGCCAAAUCAAGAUUUUAUUAUCUGUGCCCAUCCACAUUCUGAGCGUCUUUAUAUUGUAAGUGGAGGUUCGUUCCAUGGAUGGAAAUUUAUGGCCAAUAUUGGACGUUACGUCGAGAAAAUGGUCAAGGGAGAACUGGACCCGGAAUCUUCUCAGCGAUGGGCAUGGGACAGGAGUAACGAGGGGGGAGCAUGCGCCGUCUAUCUCCCUUCAAGAGACUUACAGGACAUCUCAUAG